UGUAAUAUGCUGUCCCGCCCCCUUCCUGUACACAGUCCUACGUCCUGUGUGUGUGCAACUGCCGCCUCUUCCUCGAGGAGAGGGGGAGUAUAUAGAGGACCACGUGAUGAUGAAGAAUCACCGGACCCUCACAUCACUGGACCUAACAAGCACAGCAAAUUUCGUUGAAAUCGGUGAUGGUCAUGAAAAAUGGCUGUGUUGAUUUGAUGUGGAAUGACCAGUAACAGGAAUACCCCAGAGAGAUGUCCUUGUCCCCUGUGUUCUCAGGAUUGUACAGAGGAGAAUCGCAGGAUCCCACAGGAGGGUCAGGUAGAAUGUCUGUCUGAUAUUAAGUCAGAAGAUAUAGAUGCAGAAGAGACUUAUUUGACUGAUAUGAAGGCAGAAGAUAUAGGGGGAGAAGAAGAGACGUAUGUGAUGGAUAUGAAAGCAGAAGAUAUAGAGGGAGGAGAAGAGACGAAUGUGACUGAUAUGAAGGCAGAAGAUAUAGAGGGAGGAGAAGAGACGUAUGUGACGGAUAUAAAGGCAGAAGAUAUAGAGGGAGAAGAAGAGCCAUAUAUGAGGGGUGAUCAGCAGUGUAAGGAGGAGGAAGUCCCUACAGAUAUCAGCGCAGCAGAUGGACACAAAAGCAGGAACAUCUCAGAAGGACAUCUAAUCUUAUCCCUGGAUUGUGAAAUAAAAGAUGACAGUAGACAGUAUUCUCCAGGAGAUAGUCCCAUUUCCCCAAUUAUACAUCCAGCUCUAUCAGCUGAUACCUCUGAUCCUGGGGAAUGUUAUCCUGAUCACUCUGAUAUUGGUGCAUCUGUUACAGCUCUGAGAGUAGAUACAGUGUUUCCCUGUUCUGUAGAUGCCAAAUGUUUUACACAGAACACAAAGCUUAUUACCCAUCAUCCAGCUAAGACAGGUGAGAGGCCAUUUCCAUGUUCUGAGUGUGGGAAAUGUUUUACACAGAAAUCAGAUCUGGUUAUACAUGAGAGAAGUCACACAGGUGAGAAGCCAUUUUCCUGUUCUGAGUGUGGGAAAUGUUUUACACGGAAAUCAAAUCUUGUUGCACAUGAAAUAAUACAUACAGGUGAGAAGCCAUUUACAUGUUCUGUAUGUGGGAAAUAUUUCACACACAAAUCAACUCUUGUUGUACAUGAAAGAAUGCAUACAGGUGAGAGGCCAUAUACAUGUCCUGAGUGUGGUAAAUGUUUUAUACAGAAAUCAGCUCUUGUUAAACAUGAGAUGAAUCAUACAGGUGAGAGACCAUUUCUGUGUCCUGAGUGUGGAAGAGGGUUUAUACAGAAAUCGGCUCUUGUUAUACAUGAGAGAAGUCACACAGGUGAGAAACCAUUUCCAUGUUCUGAGUGUGGGAAAUGUUUUGCACAUAAAUCAGAUCUUGUUAUACAUGAGAGAAGUCACACAGGUGAGAAACCAUUUUCAUGUUCUGACUGUGGAAAAUGUUUUUUUAAGACAUCACACCGUCUUAGACAUCAGAGAAGUCACACAGGUGAGAAACCAUUUCCAUGUUAUGAGUGUGGGAAAUUUUUUCUACAGAAAUCAGAUCUUGUUGUACAUGAGAAAAUGCAUACAGGUGAGAGGCCAUUUCCAUGUUCUGAGUGUGGGAAAUGUUUUGUACAGAAAUCACGACUUGUUACACAUCAGAGACGUCACACAGGUGAGACGCCAUUUCCAUGUUCUGAGUGUGGGAAAUGUUUUGCACAGAAAUCACAUCUUGUUACACAUCAGAGAUGUCACACAGGUGAGAAACCAUUUCCAUGUUCUGAGUGUGGGAAAUGUUUUCUACAGAAAUCAGAUCUUGUUGUACAUGAGAAAAUGCACACAGGUGAGAAACCAUUUCCAUGUUCUGAGUGUGGGAAAUGUUUUGCACAGAAAUCAGGACUUGUUCAACAUCAGAGAUGUCACACAGGUGAGAAGCCAUUUCUAUGCUCUGAUUGUGGGAAAUAUUUUGCACAUAAAUCAGGACUUGUUACACAUCAGAGAAGUCACACAGGUGAGAAGCCAUUUCCAUGUUCUGAGUGUGGGAAAUGUUUUACACAGCAAUCAAAUCUGGUUAGACAUCAGAGAACUAAGGCAGGUGAGAGGCCAUUCCCAUGUUCUGAGUGUGGGAAAUGUUUUACACAGAAAUCAGAUCUGGUUAUACAUGAGCGAAGUCACACAGGUGAGAGGCCAUUUCCAUGUUCUGAGUGUGGGAAAUGUUUUACACGGAAAUCAAAUCUUGUUACACAUGAAAUAAUACAUACAGGUGAGAAGCCAUUUACAUGUUCUGUAUGUGGGAAAUAUUUCACACACAAAUCAACUCUUGUUGCACAUGAAAGAAUGCAUACAGGUGAGAGACCAUUUCCAUGUCAUGAAUGUGGUAAAUGUUUUAUACAGAAAUCAGCUCUAGUUAUACAUGAAAGGAUGCAUACAGGUGAGAGACCAUUUCCAUGUCCUGAGUGUGAGAGAUGGUUUAUACAGAAAUCAGCUCUUAUUAUACAUGAGAGAACUCACACAGGUGAGAAGCCAUUUCCAUGUUCUGAGUGUGGGAAAUGUUUUAUACAGAAAUCAGCUCUUAGUAGACAUCAGAGAAUUCACACAGGUGAGAAACCAUUUCCAUGUACUGAGUGUGGGAAAUGUUUUGCACAGAAAUCGGAUCUUGUUGCACAUCAGAGAAGUCACACAGGUGAGAAAUCAUUUUCAUGUUCUGACUGUGGAAAAUGUUUCGUUAAGACAUCACAUCUUGUUAGACAUCAGAGAAUUCACACAGGUGCAAAACCAUUUCCAUGUACUGAGUGUGGGAAAUGUUUUGUUCAGAAAUCAGAUCUUGUUGUACAUGAGAAAAUGCAUACAGGUGAGAAACCGUUUCCAUGUUCUGAGUGUGGGAAAUGUUUUGUACAGAAAUCACGUCUUGUUACACAUCAGAAAUGUCACACCGGUGAGAAGCCAUUUCCAUGUUCUGAGUGUGGGAAAUGUUUUGCACAGAAAUCACGUCUAGUUACACAUCAGAGAUGUCACACAGGUGAGAAGCCAUUUCCAUGUUCUGAGUGUGGAAAAUGUUUUACACAGCAAACAAAUCUGGUUAGACAUCAGAAAAUUCAUAUGUGAAAAAACAUUUCCAUGUUCUGAGUGUAGGAAAUACAUAGUCUUUUGUUGCGAUAGUUAUCACACAGGUGAGGAACCCUUUAUAUCACCAUUGCCAUGCAAUGUUCCUCAAAGUUUUGUCUUAUUUAUUAUGCUUUUUGCAUUAUAUAUGCCAGCACUGGGUGAAACAAUCAGAUGUCAUGCCCUAGUCUAGCACUGCUAUGCCAAUGACCAGUCUUUUGCUAUUUGUACUUUUAACCCAAUACCAACCUGAAAUGACUGUCUAGCUGAGCUCAAGGUAUGGGUGAUACCAGUUGGCUGUGACUCAGUUGUGGUGAAACAGAGGUCCUAAUGAUAGAAGCUCACCAACAAAGGGCAAGACUCCAACUUUGCCAACAAUCUGAACUUAUGUGGACCAUAUCCAAAAUAAAGCCAUGAAUUCGCUCAAGAUC